GGCUAAGCGUUGGUCUCGACAGACAGCAGUCCACAUAUGCAUGUCCGAUUUGACAAAAUGACCGGGCCCUCCACCCCUACUCCACCGCCGCAUAUGUAUGUGUGUAAGAGAGAGAGAUAUUUGUAUUCUCUCUCUCACACACACACACAAUGGUUCGAAGCAUGGACGUGUACAAGUUCGUGGUUUGAAGCAAAAAUUUCCGAGGUCCGACAGUCUGUCUUCGCCUCCCCGUUAAAGAGCAUGACACCGGAAAUUACCGAGUGACCUCAAAGUUCCAUGUAUAAUUAUAUUAUUGCUAAGUACGAGAGAAUCGAAGGUUCCGAAGGUCAACAUGCAACUGGGCCAAAGUUUAGUCACAUGAACCUAUAGUUUUAGUAGACUUAUAUUUAUGAUAAAAAUCUAGCCGCAUGCAGGCACCACGCAUUAUUAUAGGACACAAGUGUCGACUUAACGUAGUUUUGAGACACUUUAUCCGUGCAGCGAUGACCAGUGCACUUGAUAAAAGAGUGACUGCAGGAAUUAUAAUUGUUGGUGAUGAAAUAUUGAAGGGACAAACAAAAGAUACAAACUCUUACUUCAUCUGUAAACGCUUAUUUGCAUUGGGAGUUCAAGUCAAAAAGAUCUCUGUUGUGGCAGAUGAUCUGGAGGAAAUCGCAAAUGAAGUGGCAGACUUUUCAAAGCGAUUUACUCAUGUCAUAACCUCAGGAGGUGUUGGGCCAACUCAUGACGAUAUGACAUUUGAAGGGGUUGCCAAAGCUUUUGGGUUGGAAACUGUACCCAACCAAGAGCUCGUAGAUUUAAUACGGAAUUACUUUGGAUCAGAUAACCUUGACUCAGCAAAAAUGAAGAUGGCCCAGGUUCCCUCCACAGCACGUCUUCAAUACGGAAUCAAUAAAACAAUGGGCAAGAAAACCAAAUAUCCAUUAGUGAGUGUUGGUAAUGUGUAUAUGUUCCCAGGAGUUCCAUCUUUACUGGAAAAUGCUUUUGUGAUGCUUGAGGAUAUGUUUAAAGAUCCAGACAUAACUUUACAUACUCAAGAGUUAUAUGUUAACUGCAAUGAGACAAAUAUAGCAUCAGAUAUUCAGCAAGUUGCAAGUAAAUUCCAGCAGUCUGUUGUCAUUGGCUCAUAUCCUGAUUUCCAUAACAGUUACUACAAAGUCAAGUUAUCUCUGGAAUCAACAAGCCAAGAAGACCUUAACAGUGCUUUCAAAGAGUUGACAAAGCUAAUGCCAUCAGGAACAAUUGUGGAAUAUGAGAAGGAUCCAAUAGGCACAGCUGCUGAGCAUGUCUAUGACAUUGUCUUGUCUGCCCAAGAUGAUUCCUUUCAUCUAUCUGUUCGUGAAGCAGUUCAAGUGGUGGAGAAAGCUCUUGACAAGUACAGGUUAGAUGAAAUCUGUUUAGGUUUUAAUGGAGGGAAAGAUUGUACAGCACUACUCCAUCUGUUUCACGCCAUAGUUCAAAGAAAGUAUCCAGACAACACAAACAAGCUGAAAGCUUUGUACAUUCGAAGCCGACAGCCAUUUCCUGAAGUGGAGCUCUUUGUGUCCAUGGCAUGUCAGAGGUACAACCUUGAACUGAUUCGUUAUGAGGGCAGGAUCAAGGAGAAUCUAGCAAGUCUAGCAAAGGGGCAUCCUAAUAUCAAAGCUGUACUUAUGGGGACAAGGAAAACAGAUCCAUAUUCAGAUCACCUGGAAGCAUUCUCUAUGACUGACUCUGACUGGCCUCAGUUUAUGAGAGUUAAUCCUCUCUUAAACUGGAACUAUGCAGUUGUUUGGAAAUUUCUGCGCAUGCUGAGUUUACCAUACUGCAGCUUGUAUGACCAGGGAUAUACUUCUUUGGGUAGCAUGAACAACACUCACCCCAACCCAUCACUGCAGUACUUUGACCAGAAUGGCAUCAUCGCAUACAAGCCUGCCUAUGAACUUGUGGAGGACAGCAGAGAGAGAGAUGGCCGCAAUGUGUGAUGGCAUAACUCUUUAUAAACUGUUUUUUAUUUUCGGUGCUCAUACAGUGGAAAAUACAUAUUUUGCUUGAUUUUAAAGAGGAAACAUUGUUACACCGGAUGAUGUGCAUGCAAAAAGUUAGCCAGUGACAUUUAUCCAAAGUGUGGGCAAGUGCUAGUUGGCGUUUGAACAGAAAUCUAAACAAUGGUAUGUGACAGUGCAUUAUUGUUGGCAAUAGAUGGUCAUUUGAAUGUCUGUAUUCAGAUGCUUUCAGUAGAAUUUACAUUGUGCUUAACUAUAUGUAACGACAGCAGAAGUUGUAAAUCUCUUUAAUGUUAAGAAUAUGCUUAAAAUUUCUUCAAUAUGAAAGAUAGCAUGUGAAUCAGUAAAGAUUCACGACCAGAUUGGGUAUUUUUUUCGCUUAUAUAGUCUGUAAAGGUUUUAACCAUUUGGAACACAUUAAUAACACAUUCUUAUUACAGGUAGUAAUGUCACAGGGGGUUAGACCUCUUUCAUCUUAUGAUAUUGAAGCAUCCGAUUCUUUAAAUUAAAGGAUGUUUAAAUUAGCAGAUUUUAAACUGCUUUUCAUCAGAAAGCAAAAUCAUUGCAUAAAAUGAUUGGACACAUCUC